ACUCCGAAGAGCCGCGCGCUCGAGCCUCAGUAGCGCCGCGAGCUCUCAGUCAACGGGGAACAGAGCAGCGGCCAAAAUAACCGGACUAACAUCAUCAUCAUCAUCAUCAUCAUCUUCAUCACCAGAUAUUAACGCCUGGAUUUCUUUAUUUCACUCUGUGGAUUAUGAUUUUUUUUUUAUUCUUAUCGUAACCUAAAAAAUAUAUAUUUUUGAACUGUUUGAUAUCAGAGGAAUGUGCGCUCGUGCAAAAUCAAAACAUCCACGUCGAGUGUGAAGCCAAAGCUUUAAUAAUUGAUUUAGUAUAUUUAUUUAUUUUCUUCUUGUUGUUGUUUGUGAUGUGAGACGCUUACACCGGAACAACGGACAACAUGAUUUUCAGGCUCUGAAGGAGAAGAAAAAAAAAAAGAAAAAAAAAAGAAAAAAAAAAAAAAGACAAGAAACAGGGACAUCACUCCGGUUUGUUCCGUGAUGACUGCUGCUGUGUUGCGCGCGGCUCUGCGGGGGUAAUUUUUAUACCCCCAAACCCCCCGCCCCCUUACAAGUUCUCCAUAUUUUAUAUUUUUUAACAUUUAUAUUUGUAUUUUUGUAUUUAUUCCUGCGGAUAAAUUAAGCAGACAUGGAGAUGCUGCUACUUUGGCUCGCGCUGUGUCUGGCGCACAGGGUCGCCUCUCAGAUUCGUUACUCGGUACCGGAGGAGACGGAACGUGGCACGUUCGUGGGCAACAUCGCUGAGGACUUGGGACUGGACCUGACCAAACUGGCCUCCCGCCGCUUUCAGACGGCACCGGGCUCACGCGGGAGCCCGUACCUGGACGUGAACGUGGAGAACGGCGCGCUGUUGGUGCGAGAGCGCAUUGACCGGGAGCGCGUGUGUAAGCAGAGCGCGUCCUGUGUCCUGCACCUGGAGGUGUUCUUGGAGGAUCCUCUUGAGCUCUUCCGAGUGGAAGUCGAGGUGACGGACGUGAAUGACAACGCGCCCAGCUUCCCGGAGAGCGACGUCACGGUGGAGAUCAGCGAGAGCGCCACGCCCGGGACGCGUUUCCCGCUGGAAGCAGCCUUCGACCCGGACGUGGGCAGCAACGGGCUGAGGACUUACGAGAUCACAGCAAAUGGUCACUUCGCACUGGACGUGCAGACGCAAACGGACGGAAACAAGUUCGCAGAGCUGGUGCUUGAGAAGCCUUUGGACAGAGAGCAGCAGGCGGUGCACCGCUACGUGCUCACGGCUGUGGACGGCGGGCAACCGGCGCGCACGGGCACAGCGCUCUUGGUGGUGCGCGUUCUCGACUCAAACGACAACGUGCCAACGUUUGACCGGGCCGUGUACUCGGCGAGCCUGGCCGAGAACGCGCCCGCGGGCACGCUGGUGAUCCAGCUCAACGCCACCGACUCAGACGAGGGCUCAAACGGCGAGGUGGUUUACUCAUUCGGCAGUCACGUGUCGAGCCGCGCGCGCGAGUUGUUUGACGUGGACGCGCGCACGGGCCGCAUCGAAGUGCGCGGCGAGGUCGACUUUGAGGAAAGCAGCCUCUAUCAGCUCUAUGUGCAGGCCAAGGACAUGGGGCCGAACGCCGUGCCCGCGCACUGCAAGGUGCUCGUAAAAGUCACGGAUGUCAACGAUAACGCACCGGAGAUCGCCUUCAGCACUGUGACUGAGUCUGUGAGCGAGAGCGCGGCACCGGGCACCGUGAUCGCGCUGCUCAGCGUCACCGACAAGGACUCUGGAGAUAACGGGCGAACGCGCGUAGAAAUCCUUGGCGACGUGCCGUUCAGGCUCAAGUCAGAGUUUGGGAACUACUAUACGGUGGUCACAGACGGCCCGCUGGACCGCGAGGUCGCCGAGGCGUACACCGUGACAGUGACGGCGCGUGAUGGAGGCGCGCCGCCGCUCACCUCGAGCAAGUCCGUAGAGGUGCGCGUCUCGGACGAGAAUGACAACGCGCCCACGUUCUCGCAGCUCGUGUACGACGUGCACGUCACGGAGAACAACGUGCCCGGGGCUUACAUUUACGCCGUGAGCGCACGGGAUCCAGACGCCGGCGAUAACUCCAGGGUGACCUACUCCGUCUUGGAUCGCGAGAUCCUGGGCAUGUCUGUGCUCACGUAUGUGUCCGUGAACCCAGAAAACGGCUACCUUUACGCGCUGCGCUCAUUCGACUAUGAGCAGCUCAAAGAGUUUAGCUUCACGGUAGAGGCGCGGGACGCAGGCAGCCCCGAGCUGCACUCAAACGCGACUGUGCACGUGGUGGUAGUGGAUCAAAAUGACAACGCACCGACUGUGAUCGCGCCUCUGGGCAAAAACGGGACAGCCAGAGAGCCUUUGCCACGCUCAGCCGAACCGGGCUACCUGGUCACACGUAUAGUCGCGACAGACGCGGAUGACGGUGAGAACGCGCGUCUUUCCUACAGCAUCCAGCGCGGGAACGAAGACGGAUUGUUCCGCAUGGAUUGGCGCACGGGAGAGUUGCGCACGGCUCGUAGAGUGUCUGCAGCCAAACGGGACGCGCAGCAGCACCAACAGAGACGCCUUUACGAGCUGCUCGUGGAAGUGCGCGAUCACGGCCAGCCGCCGCUCUCGUGCAGCGCCGUAGUUCAGGUCGCGUUAGUGGACGGUCUUCCGGCGGCGGCCUCAGCGGAGGGACGCGGAGGAGGAGGAGAGCGUGAGCGCGGUGGCGCGGCCCGAGCCAAAGACGCGAGCCUUGACCUCACCCUCAUUCUGAUCGUCGCCCUCGGCUCGGUGUCGUUUGUUUUCCUGCUCGCCAUGAUCGCCCUCGCCGUGCGCUGCCGCAAAGACAAGAAGCUGAACGUGUACGCGGGCUGCAACGCGUCCUGCUGCUUCUGCUGCGGGAGACAGGCCCGAUCAUCCCGCGGGGUCAGCAGCGGCAACGGCGGCAGCAAGAAGAAACAGAAGAAGCAGAAGAAACUCAGCAAGUCAGACAUCAUGCUGGUGCAGAGCGCGAACUCAACAGAUGUGAGCGCGCACGCCGGAGUUGGCUGUGGAGUCGGGAGCGCGCAGGUGCCCGUUGAAGAGUCCGGAAGCUUCGGUUCGCUUCGACGCGGUCAGAAUUACUGCUAUCAGGUCUGCCUCACUCCCGAGUCCGCCAACACCGACCUGCUCUUCCUGAAGGCAUGCGGAGCGGGAGCGAGCCGUGCGGCCCCGGACACCGAGCACAGCCCACGAGGAGGGAUACACACCACAUACACGGAGCAACAACAACCGGACAUCAUCUCUAACGGGAGCCUUCUCUCCAGCGAGACGAAGCACCAGCGUGCCGAGCUCAGUUACCUGGUGGACAGGCCGAGGCGUGUGAACAGUUCGGCCUUCCAGGAGGCGGACAUCGUGAGCUCCAAAGACAGUGGACACGGAGACAGCGAGCAGGGAGACAGCGAUCAUGACGCCACGCAUCGCGGGCACUCCUCCGUCACUGCAAAUACCGACGCUCAAGCCAGCUCUCCUGCUUUCAGACGAAGACCGCUACCAAGCAUGGAGGGUGCAGGCUAACACGUGCUUUAUCCGAGACACGUGAAACCAUCCAGAUGCAUCUUGCUGCUCAUGUCGUAACACGCUCAGAGGAAAGCACUGUCUGCCCUCUUCCGCAUACAUGACCUAACAGACGGCCAGGAUUGAUAGUGUCUCUGUGACAGACGAGUGAGUCAGAGUAUACACAGCCAAUUUUCUGUUGUGUUGUGUUGAGGGUUUUCUGUUGUGCCACUUGGGACUCCGUCCGUCCGUCCAUCCAUUUUGCAUACCGCUUAUCCAACACUGGGUCACCGGGAGCCUGGAGUCCACGCCAGGGAACUCGGGACACGAUGCAGAGGAUAUCCUGGACGGGCAUAGGAACCCGUCGCAGGGCACAAUCACACACACAUUCACACACCACACCACGGACAAUCAGCCUACAGUGCAUGUCUUUGGACUUGUACCCGGAGGAAACCACCAAAGCCCAGUGAGAACAUGCAAACUCCUCGCACACUAGGUGGAGACGGGAUUCAAAUCCCCAACCCUGGAGGUCCGAGGCGAAUGUACUGACCGUGCUCUCCACUUGGGACUCAACAGUACGUAUCUUUUACCUAGAAAGUUGCAUGUAGUGGCCCGUUAAAUCCAUUAAAUCAUUUGAAAUGCAUACAAUAUCCAUUAUAAAUACAUAUAUUUUUUUCCACAAGAAAAUGCAUAUCAACUGCAUACCGAAAUGCUUUGCUAUCACGUCUCCCUUGUUUAUGAUAACUUCCCUGCUGUUAAAAACAUAUCUUCAGUUAUACAACAUUUGCUCUCACUGUACCGAAUAAGUAAUUCUAUUGAGUGACCUACACUUAAUGAUCUAACUUCUCUUCAUGCGUACGCAGCCCGGAAACGCACAAGUCCAUGCUAGCCUCGCUUCACUCCGUUCUGGCGUGUGCUUUGGCGUGUAGGCGUACAUUUCGACUCGCUCUGUUCCUCUGUUGGCAGCUUCAGCUCACACCUGAGAAUCAAAAUGGCUGUGCAGUCACAACAAUAACAGUGUGAGAGUGUUAUUGUAGCUGUAGGUCUGUUUGGCAUCUGUUACAGCAAAUUACAUCAGCAAUACGGCACCAUUACCUGAGCUCCUACCACCCCUAACAACAGCCAGCAGGGACGUGUGGUGUGUGUGUGUGUGUGUGUGUGUGUGUGUGUGUCAUCCCCAGACACUUGCCAUUCUGGCUCACAGCUCUUUACAGUCCCACGCAGCAGAACAAGAGGAGGCAUUUGCGAUGUGUAGGGGAGUGUUAGGUUGCGCUGCACGCCCAAACACGCCACAUCAACUGUGAAAGGCUUUACAUAAGUGUUUAGACAUUAGCAUUUUGCUGACAUGUUAUUACCACACCAGCGCAUGACUAAUAUAAUAUAGGAGGUUUAUUUUCAGGGAAAUUUAUCACGCGCCAGAUGAUCGACUGCCCUUCCGUCCUCUAGAACGCAUGCUUUAAAGCGCGCGUGUUAAUUUAUGCACACGUUAUUAGGAACACUUGUACACCUGGAUAAUUAUCCAAUCAGCCAAUCAUGUACACAGCAGCAGCAGUAGCAGUGUAAUUAGUAAAACCAUGGAGAUACAGGUCAACAGCUUCAGCUCACGUUAAACAUCAGAAUGGGGAAAAAAUGUGAUCUCAGUGACUUUGAGCGUGGCAUGGUUGCUGAUCUCCUGGGAUUUCCACACGCAGCAGUCUCUACCACUGGCGUCUGGUGGGUUUUAUAGCAGGGGAAGCACAGCACAGGUGUCCGUUAUUGCACUAUAUAUCUGUGCAUAUUCUGUUUGAUCUGUUUCACCUGUGUCCCUUUGGCCUCCUGUUUAAUUCUCAGUCUCUGCUCAUAAGUAAGAGCAUACGAAGACUCCAAUAUGUGUAGCGUCUGCCAGAUGCUGCUAAAGCAAUGGCUUCUGGUGUCUAGAGAGGGUGGUGUGAAAAACAUGAAAUAUGAACGAGUGGCAGUUCUGUGCAUUGUUGACGUGAGAGAUCAGAGGAGAACGGCCAGACUGGUUCGUGCUGACAGGAAGGUUAAGCUGACUCAUGUAGAAACUCUUUACAACCGCGGUGAGCAGAAAAGCAGCUCAGAACAUAUAAGAUGUCUAACCUAGGGGUGGAUAGGCUACAGCGGGAGAAGAAGAACAGGAAUCUGGGGCUACACUGGGGACGAACUGC